GGCGUUAUGGCGGACGAGGCCAUGGAUAGUUACCUGUACUCAGCCUACACCCCCUACUCCUACCGCUACCAGCCGCCAAAGGGCAAAGGGCCCCCGGGCGCCUGGCGGCAGCGGGGCACCUACUUCUCGGGCUAUGGGGACACGGCGGCGGCGGCCGCGGCCGAGUACUUCGAUAACUACCAGCGGGCGCAGCUGAAGGCGAUCCUGUCCCAGGUGAACCCCAGCCUGACGCCGCGGCUCCGCAAAGCCAACACCAAGGAGGUGGGGGUGCAGGUGAACCCGCGGCAGGACGCCUCGGUGCAGUGCUCGCUGGGGCCCCGCACCCUGCUGCGGCGGCGGCCGGCCCCCGGGCUGCCCUCGCUGCGGCCCCGCGAGCAGGAGCAAGGCAGCCCCGCCACCACCACCGCCAGGCCCGUGCGCUUCCCGCGGACCAUCGCCGUCUACUCGCCCAUGGCGUCCCGCAGACUCACCACCUUCCUGGAGGAGCCCGAGGACGCGGGGCAGGAGGCGGCCGAGGAGGAGCCGGAGGAGGCGGCCGCCGAGGAAGAGGAGCCGCAGCAGCAGCGCACGGAGGCGGCCGCCGUGCGGGCCAGCUGGGAGCAGCCGCCCGGGAGCAGCGCGGAGCCGCAGGAGCCGCGGCCGCCCCAGCAGCAGGAGGCGGCAGAGGAGGAGGAGGAGGCAGCUGCCCCGCGGCAGGAAGGGCCGGUGGAGGCCCCCGAGCGCCAGGCCGGGCAGCCCCAGGCCGCAGCCUCUCAGGAGCCGGGGCAGGGCAAGACCCGCCUGCGCUUCCAGUUUCUGGAGCAGAAGUAUGGCUACUACCAUUGCAAGGACUGCAACAUCCGUUGGGAGAGCGCCUAUGUGUGGUGUGUGCAGGGCACCAACAAGGUCUACUUCAGGCAGUUCUGCCGGACAUGUCAGAAAUCCUACAACCCCUACCGCGUGGAGGACAUCACCUGCCAGAGCUGUAAGCAGACCAGAUGCACCUGCCCUGUGAAAGUGCGCCAUGUGGACCCCAAGAGACCCCAUCGUCAAGAUCUCUGUGGGAGAUGCAAAGGCAAACGUCUUUCCUGUGAUAGUACAUUUAGUUUCAAAUAUAUUAUUUGACUGGGAUACUUGUUUAAAGGAUCCUUGUGUAAAAUUGCAAUCAAAGCAGUUUUUCUUUUGAAAGAAUAUAUAAUAUGGUGGGGUGUAUAGCUGGGCAAACCUACAAAUAAAGGUAUGGCGAAGCACUGUUAUAACAGAUAAGGCAUGCGCAUGUCUACCUUCUUUGAGUAUAGAAGUUGCAACAUUUCCAAUUAGGAAUGGGGGAGAAGGCACUGUCCUGUCAUACAAGGAAGAGUAGUUCUGUGGCUGAUUUUAUUGUUAUGGUGACAUCUAGCCGUUUCUGCUUCUGGAAGAGGCAGACAUGCUUUCCUAGUGACCUCUCUAAGCUUCAGGGAGGCAUCUCUGAGGAGUGAUCUAGGUAGUGGAGUCUCAAAUAGAUUACUGAUGUAAACUACCUCUGUUGCUCUAUGUAGCAUCUAUCUCAUUUAACACAAGAAUGAAAAUCCAAUGGCAUCCUUCCACAAUACAGGCAAAUAUUAGUUUAACUAAAAUGUUCUACAGUCACUAACUAGUAUAGGAGUACAUAAACAUACACAACUUUCUUCCGAUCAAUCACUUUAACAUCUGAAAGUUAGCAAUUCCUCUCUAGGCAGAGGGCUAGUCAGAUCAUGAAACAAAAUGUCUUCAGCUCAAGCCUAGGAUUAUACAAGUAGCCAGUUUAGUUGUAGAAAUGGCUAUCACUAAUCUGAAUACUUCCAGGGGCUGUUGUAGCACUAUCUUUAAUGAAACCCCCUAACCUAAAAGGGGCAUGUACUCCAGGUGUGCAUGGCUGUAAAGGGGAGAGGUUAAAAUGAAACAGCUGUUGCUAAUGGACCAGUUAAACAUUUUCAGUGUCUGUUUUUUAAUGUUUAGCUCGAUUUGUAAUUGAUACAGAUCAGUGUGGCUAUCAAUAACUAUCAUGGCUGCAUUUCUCACUUAUGGAGCCUACUGUGAAAUAGCUUACUUCUGUUCUAGCUGUUUUAUUAGCUAAUCUGAUAGUGACUGUUAGUUUUCUCUACCUGUGUAUUUUUCAAACUGUGUAGACAAAAGCUUCUGUUACCAAGAGUCAGUAAUGUAUAACUUUUUUCUGUGAAACUCUCCUUUAAAGAUAACACAUUGCUAAUAACAGCCUACUUUUUUACUUGAUACACCAACAUUUAUUUAUCAACAGCAACAUUAUUACCAUAAGGAAGGGUGGUAUUAUGUAGCAAUUUCAGAAGGAAGUUGCUAUAAGAGGAAACUGUUGCAUAAUUUUAAACAAAUUUUCCUUACUGACCCACAGCCACUAUCCUAAGAUGGAAAACACAAGAUAGGGCUGCCUGUAACUUCUGGAGGUGCCUUUAAACUCUGCCUGUACCUACCACAUAUCCACAGUGCUUGGCUUCUGCCUGCUUGCAUGUGAUCCUCCCCUUCUCUAACUGUGAAGAAAGUCCUUAAGGUAUGAGAGGAUUUGUGGCCUUUUUGCCAGAAUGGCACAGACAUGAACUGGAACCACAGUAGGAGUAAGUAGAACCAGGGAACUGCGUCUCCUAACCCCACAAUAGCACAGUACUGGCCUGAAACCGUUGCUGCUGUAAGCGAUGUUGACCUUCUGUAGGAACCAGCAUUGAUUGAGAGAGGUAUUCAUUUAUUAGUAGUAAACACCAAUUUCAUAGCAAAUGUUGCAUCCUACUUAAGACUACUCUCCAUAUUUACCUCUAAUUAGUUUGUAUGGAAUGUAGUUUAUAAGCAACUGGAUGACAACUAUAGUAAGUUUC